AAUCAGAUAUGGACGGUGUGCAAAUGCUCCAGUGAGAAAAUCCUUCAUUACCUGCUCCAGACCUGUUACAUAGGUUGUGUGAGAGUGCAGAUCAAAAUUAUUAUUGACAGUGAUUUGCUGGCUGUUAAAAUGAGUACCUCUAUAUAUAAAAUUCAGUGUGCACAUGUUGUGUCGCCACUUUUAGGAGUUGGGGCUGGAAAUGGAUGAAUUCCAUAUCAUCUGGGAGUCGGAGGGGAUGAUAGUUAUGACAUGAAGAGAGCUGUGCAGACCAACCAUUCAUCUGGGCAGAAGAUGUUUUCAUGGCUUUAAAACUGUGGUACUUUAAAUUGACAGUAGAUAAAAGAAAAUCCCAGCUGUACGUCAACAAAGGGGGGAACCCAUUCAUCUGCUCAGACAGUGGGAAUGGAUUCAGUCGGUCAUCUCAACUGAAGGUACAUCAGCAAGUUCACACUGGACAAGGCCAUUCACCUGUUCUGUGUGUGAGAAGGGAUUCAGUCGGUCUUCCCACCUGUGGACACACCGGUCAGUUCACAUCGAGCAGAGGUUGGUCAUCUGCUGAAUUUGUGGGGAAGGAUUCACUCAGUUAUCUGACCUAAUGGCUCACCAGCGAGUUCACAUCGGGGAGCGGCCGUUCACCUGCUCAGACUGUGGGAAAGGAUUCACUGUGUCAUCUCAGUUACUGAGACACCAGUCAGUUCACACCGGGGAGUGGCCAUUCACCUGCUCAGUGUGUGGGAAGGGAUUCACUCAGUCAUGUAACCUGAAGAUACACCAGCGAGUUCACACUGGAGAGAGGCCAUUCACCUGCUCAGACUGUGGGAAGGGAUUCACUUGCUCAUUUAAUCUUAAGGUACAUCAGCGAGUUCACACUGGGGAGAGGCCAUUCACCUGUUCAGACUGUGGGAAGGAAUUCACUCAGUCAUCUCAACUGAUGGUACAUCGGCGAGUUCACACUGGGGAGAGGCCAUUCACCUGCUCAGACUGUGGGAAGGGAUUCACUGAGUCAUAUCAACUGAAGGUACAUCAGCGAGUUCACUCUGGGGAGAGGCCGUUCACCUGUUCAGACUGUGGGACGGGAUUCACUCAGUCAUCUCAACUGAAGGUACAUCAGCGAAUUCACACUGGGAUGAGGCCGUUCACCUGCUCAGUCUGUGGGGAGGGUUUCACAAAGUCAUCUGCUGUACUGAGACACCAGUCAGUUCACACUGGGGAGAGGCCAUUCACCUGCUCCGUGUGUGGGAAGGGAUUCAUAGAGUCAUUUGAACUGAAGGUACAUCAGCGAGUUCACACUGGGGAGAGGCCGUUCACCUGCUCAGACUGUGGGAAGGGAUUCAUUCAGUCAUCUCAUCUGAAGGCACAUCAGCGAGUUCACACCGGGGAGAGACCGUUCACCUGCUCAGACUGUGGGAAGGGCUUCACUUGCUCACCUCAUCUACUAAGACACCAGUCAGUUCACAUCAGGGAGUGACCAUUCACUGGCUCAGUCUGUCGGAAGCAUUUCAAUUGGUCAUUUCACCUGCUGACACACAAGGAAAUGGCCGUUCACCUGCUCUGUCCAUGGGAAGGGAUUCAUUCAAUCAUCUCAACUGAAGGAACAUCAGCGUGUCCACACUGGGGAGAGACCAUUCACCUACUGUGAAUGUGGUGAAGGAUUUGUGGUGGACAUGGACUGUGCCUUUAAAUAAGAGAGAGAGAAAAACUGUCUACAGUACUGCUGCCUGCUUCUUGGUUGCCAUGGUGAGAGACAGGCGGAGUUAUGUGAUGGACAGUUCAAUGUUUACAGUUGCUUCUUGGUUGCCAUGGUGAGAGACAGGCGGAGUUAUGUGAUGGACAGUUCAAUGUUUACAGUUGCUUCUUGGUUGCCAUGGUGAGAGAGAGGCGGUGUUAUGUGAUGGACAGUUCAAUGUUUACAGUUGCUUCUUGGUUGCCAUGGUGAGAGAGGGGCGGAGUUAUGUGAUUGACAGUUUGAUGUUUACAGUUGCUUGGUUGCCAUGGUGAGGGAGAGGCGGAGUUAUGUGAUGGACAGUUCGAUGUUCACAGUUGCUUCUUGGUUGCCAUGGUGAGAGACAGGCGGAGUUAUGUGAUGGACAGUUCGAUGUUCACAGUUGCUUCUUGGUUGCCAUGGUGAGAGAGAGGUGGAGUUAUGUGAUGGACAGUUCGAUGUUCACAGUUGCUUCUUGGUUGCCAUGGUGAGAGAGAGGUGGAGUUAUGUGAUGGACAGUUCGAUGUUCACAGUUGCUUCGUAGCGUGUUUAUUUAAGCAAUCCAGAUGACUCUCCCACAGACACACAGUGGGACACCGGUUACAGCGACCAGUCAGUGAAAGGAGGCCAGUGACAGAGGAGUCACUGGGUGGGACUUUCGAGUGCCCACAAGUGUGGGUUGAGGAUCGAUCAGAGGAAUCGAUCAGUAGCUGUCACGGUGUGUGGAAGGGCUGACCCUGUGGAGGCUACCGGUGUGUCUACCCUUGCCUGGGAGGUAGCUCACCCUCGAAGACGGUCCCCUUAGUGAUAAGCUGCGUUUGGCUAACUCGAGAGUGGAUUUGGAGCCUGAUGAACUGUUUACUCGUUGUUCUCCUGGUGUGGUUUUCACCUUGGAUUACAAAUACCCUCUCUCCACACACCAAUUCCGUGGAUUGAACUGAACUUCCUUACAUUACCAUAGUAAGACUUUAACUCUUGCCACCCAAGCUUUAACGAGUUUGGGAAGUAUAUUUAUACACAUAUAUAUGCGUAACACUGCUAAUUUUUGAUUUACCUGGUUUAAGUUACUAUAUUAAAUAGUUACUAAUAAAUAGUGGUUUUUAACAUCAAAAGCAGACUCCAGUUGUGCUCUAUUGCUGCUGGUUCAUUUAGACCAUUGUGUGUACAUAAUAGUAACAUAGAAACAUAGAAAAUAGGUGCAGGAGUAGGCCAUUCAGCCUUUCGAGCCUGCACCGCCAU